AUGGCAUCCCUAGCCGUCCUCGCGACAGGCAUCUCGUCCGCCCCUCCCUCGCUCGACGCGAAACAGCGCAGGGACUCGUCCUCGUCCUCGUCUUCGGAGGAAAACGAGACACCCAUCUCGUAUGCUACCGACCCGUCGAAGCCGCCUGGGACGCCUGCGCCUCGCACGACGAGGCAGAAGGUCGACCGUCGACCGCCAUCGACUUUCUACCUCAAGCCCAAAUCGGAGAUGACCCUCGCCGAACGAAUCUGCAACCUCGCGACCUGCCCGCCAGAGAUGCACGAACUCAAGCCCGAGUCACUCGACCGCGGUCCGAUCCCCACGCAGUCGGUCGUCAAGGAGAACCUGUACAUCUUCUCGAGGGCGCUGGCGCCGUUGGCGGUGCAGCAGGCUAGUCAUUCGCUCGGCUUCCAUUGGCCGGCGUGGUUGGCGUACCCGUUUUAUGUCUGGGCGACCAUGCAUUUCGCGCUCCACUGGGUAUCCCGGAUCAACGGCUACUGCGUCAAGCUCGGCACGUUCGACGAGAAGCAGAUUGGUCGCGACCGGACGCCAGACAAGUCCGUCGGCCAACUCGCCUUUGGCAUCACCGCCUACAUGGUCGCCCGCAGCGGCUUCAUGUUCGUCCUCAAGUACGACCGCCAAGCCGACGUCCUCUUCGACUUUUCCUGGACGUACCCGCUCCGCCUCAUGGCGUGGCAACUCGCGCUCGACUAUGCGUUCUAUUGCUACCACCGCGCUUCGCACGAGGUUGACGCGCUUUGGUUCAUCCACAAGCAACACCACACGACGAAGCACCCCACCGCAAUCCUUGCCAUCCUCGCCGAAGGGAUCCAAGAAUGCCUCGAAGUCUUCCUCAUCCCGCUCUUCGCCACCGCCCUCAUCCCGAUGUCGUUCAGCGAGAUGUGGGUCACCCUGAUCUACACCCUCUACAUCGAGAUCCUCGGACACUCGGGCGUCAGGAGUCACUGGCGCCAUACGUCGCUGUUUUGGCUCGACUGGUUCGGCGCGGGAUUGGCGGUCGAGGAUCACGAUUUGCACCAUCGGUUCGGCAAGUCGGGGAAGAACUAUGGCAAGCAGUCGAGGUUGUGGGACGCGAUCUUUGGUACGAAGGGCGAGAGGAUCGAGACGUGGGGGAUGUGA